GUGGCUGUAUCGAGUCGCCACAAUGGCUCAGACGGGGGUUCUCCUACUCACUGCUCCGUUAAAUCAUCUCCGUCAGCACAUCCAGGUUAUCCUCUCUAGUGCAGCUAAGAGCAUACGACGGGUCCUCUAUGUCCAGAUCCAGCCUGGCCUGGACCUGGCAAAGACUGGUGCUUGCUUGCCGUUCCCAGUUUCGAGUGAGCUUGCCAGCUUCAUCACACAGGUUUACUCCUACUCUGGGAACUCGCACCAUUCUCUCGAUGUCAGGAUUCUUCUGAGUAAUAUCACAUGCAACUUGGCCAUUCCUUCCACAGUUCCAAGCUGUCCCCAGCUCCUCAGCUCCUCCCCUCAGCUGGUGAUGACAGACAGUCUGCUGCCCUCAGAUCAGAUCCUGAGCCAUCUCUCCCGGUGGAUCGUCAUCCAGCCCGAACCAAGGGUAGAGAAACUCUUCACCACACCUGCCACAGAUGAAACAAAGUCUAACACAGCAGGAUCAACUGCAAGAGCGGCAGCAUCCAAAGGAACAGAAUCAACGCUAGGUCAAGGAGACGGGGUCUUGAAGACAUACAGACAUGUUUGUCUUGGAGGAACCUUCGACAGGCUGCAUGCAGGGCACAAGAUACUGCUGUCAGAUUCAGCGUUGAGAGCAACGGAGAAGAUCACUGUGGGUGUCACUGAUGGUCCCAUGCUUGAAAAUAAGACUUUGAUGGAGCUGAUCCUGCCUCUCGCAGAGCGCUUGGAAGGCGUCACUCAGUUCAUCCAGGACGUAAAGCCCUGCCUCCUGCACAGCGAAGCAGUCGUACCCAUCACAGAUCCGUUUGGACCAAGUAUUGUGGUUCCUGAUAUAGAUUGUAUCGUCGUCAGCGAGGAGACCAGGAAAGGAGGUGACAGCGUCAACAAGCGGAGGCUUGAAAAGAAUAUGACGGAGCUUUCUGUCCAUUCAAUAGACAUCGUACCUGAUCAGAACCAUGCUCAACAUGAGGAAGCUAAAGUCAGUUCAUCUUCCACAAGAGCUAGACUUCUGGGGAAGCUACUACAAACACCCAAGAUAGUAGGAGAGAAACCAACCCCCUACAUCAUCGGCCUGACAGGUGGAAUAGCCAGCGGGAAGUCAUCGGUAUGUAGAAGGCUUGAAGGGUUAGGUGCUGCUAUCAUAGACUGUGAUAAGCUAGGUCAUAGGGCGUACGAACCGGGCACGCUGGCACAUCAACAGAUCAUUGAAGAGUUUGGACAAGAUGUUCUUGGUGAAGAUGAGAGGAUAAACAGAGCAGUACUUGGACCCAAAGUGUUCUCUAAUCCAGCAAGACUGCAGGCCCUUAACAAGAUAGUCUGGCCCUCAAUCCAAAGGCUGGCUCAAUCCCAGAUUGAUGAAUACACUACACAAGGUAAAACAAUCUGCAUUCUAGAUGCUGCUGUUCUAUUGGAAGCCAACUGGGAUCAGUUCACCCAUGAAGUAUGGACGUGCAUUAUUCCAAAGAAAGAGGCAGUACAGAGGAUCGUGGAGAGGGAUGGUCUGGUAGAGGAUCGAGCUCUGCAGAGGAUUGAAUCCCAGAUGACCAACGAGGAGAGGGUUGCUAGGAGUAAUGUGGUUCUAUGUACUAUAUGGGAACCAGAAAUCACACAGAAACAGGUUGAGAAGGCGUGGUCGGGUCUCCAGGGGCGUCUCCAGAACCUGGGUAAACCUGAACAACCCAAGCUAUAAAAGUAGACAGUGAUCCAGCACCUUCAGUUGAGAUGAUGGACGGUUCUUCAAAGUGAUGGUCAGAUCUGAGAGUAAUGUUUCAAAACCAAAGAUGCGGAUGGCUAUAAGGGUAUUAAUUCAUUUGAAUUUAGGUAGGAUCAAAGUUUGAGUUGAGUACUUGUCAUGCAAAUACAUUGUGAAUGAAAUUGUCUGGAAGAAGCAAUUUUGUAAAGGUUGAUUAUGUAGUGCAUAAGAAGUGGUAUAUACUGUGAGGUGUCGGAAUGAUCAAAGUGACAUUGAUGUAAUCUUGCUAAAAAUCACAUGCUAUGCACACAGAAAUGGAUAUAUGGGACUACACAUUGAUGUGGCAUGGGAGUUUGGUCCAAACCCUUUUUAAAAAAAUAUAUUCCUUGUCAUAUUUCAAAUAUGAGAGGAUAGGAAGGGUAAUCCUUUGUAGGGGAUGUUUGUUUAGGAUGUUCUUCCAACUGAUGUACAGAUAACGAGAAAGCCCACAAAUUAUUUUCCAUCUGACAUCAGAAUUUAACCUUCUCAGUGACAACCUUCUGCCUCUCAGGAGAUGAUCUAUCAUUUGAGUUCUGAUAUGAAAAAUAAUUCACCUUUGACAGAAAGAAAGAUAAAACCAUUCAGAGGUGCCAUCACAUUGCCUACUAGUCCCAGGUAUGCAUAACUGUGUUUGUGAUUAUCAAUGAAUAUUAUUUUUCUGCAAUAUUUCCUAAUCUAGUUAUGAUUUUAAUUAUCCCAAUAUCCAGAUGCAUUGAGAAAUUACUCCUACUCUUGGUAUAUUUUCUGUAGAAUAUUUUUUUCUCAAAAAGAAACUGCACUGCCAGUACUCUAAAUGAAUGUGUAAAUAUGUUGAAAUUAUUAUAUGGUGCUUUAAACAAUUCAUGCAAAUUUUAUAAAGCUGCAUUUAAAACAAAUGCAAUAAGUGUUGGAUAAUGAAUGUGACGGGGAAUAAAAUCAUUGCACUACUGAACGCAUUGACAUUUAUAAAAAGAUGUAUGUUAUACAAAGAAUGGUUGGUGUAUACAUGUAUUAACUCAAUUUAUAGAAAUGUAUGUAUAUUUAUGGUGAUGGAAAUACUACUGACUGUACUGUGCCUUAACUGCUGUAUAGUGUAUGACAUUCAAAUUACAAACAUUAGUUGUUGCUAGGUAAAACAAACAUUAAGACUUGCCCUACCCAACAACAGGUAAUAUAUGCAUUGUGCAUUCUGACUAUUGAAACACUGUUAUUUGUAACAGGUGAAUGAAAUAAUUUGUAUCGAGGCACUUUAGUAAAAAAUCUGGUUACAUUACGAAAAUGGCCUAUUGCUAUGCUGUCAUCAUCCUACAAUAAACUAAUUCUCAACUUCAACCUUGGAAUAAACACCACACCUAACCCUAGACCUGUAUCUUCUAUAAACCAAAGCCCUGAGCAUUCGUAGCUGGAGCAUAUGUCAGAGCAAUCCCUUAACUCAUAUUAAGAUUUUAAAGAAUUUCAGCUGCAUUUCAGUGGCGAAAAAAAAAAAAUCACAAUUUGUAUGAACAAAAAUGAUUUCGAACUUCUCACUAUACACACAUUGCCAAUUAAAUGGAAUUUCAUACUUAUUUUAAGUUUAAAAUCACUGGUAUCAACCCUCAUUGUAACACAAAAAAAGUAGACACAGGGUAUGUAGAAACUUCUGGUUUGUCUUCUCAUGCCCUUGAUAUUUUUCUUUAGGGUUGUGAAUCAGAAGAUUUGUUGUCAAUACACAAAAUGUAAGCAAUUGCUCUGAUUGUGUUGAGACUGGUGGAAGUAAUUAUUGUAUAUUCAAUGAUGCAAUGAUAUUCAUGUUGUCUGUUAUGGAUGGAGAGAUGAAUUAAUUAGGGCCAAACUGACAAGUCAGUUAUACUCUAGUACUGGUGGUGGUUGUUUGUACUUUGUUAUUUUUGUAUUGUUAUCCAUAAAUAAUCACUAUUAGAAAGUGUUACAUACUGAUACCUGCAAAUUGAUUUUUUUUUAUUCAAAAUGACCUGUGCAAGAUUGCAAAUAUCUGGACCCUAUUUCAUAAGCUUGUUAUCAAUACCUGUUAUAAGUUACUGAAAUCGUGGCAUUUGAUUGGCUGAGAGCAAAUUUGUCAUAGAUAUUUAGCAUUUGUUAUUGAUAACAAGUUUUAUGGAACAGGGCCUUGAUGCACAGUGGAAUGUGUUUUUUAAACGAGACAAAGCAAUGAAAAGCUGUCAAUCGAAUAAUUAUUAUCGUACCUAAUACCUAUGCAUUCCUAAUAAUUUACGUACUUGUAGUCUGUUAGUGUUGGGAAUUGUUCAACUUCGUACUACACUGUACUGUAUGUCAGGCAAAUAUGCUAUACAUCUCCAACUAUUUUUCGCUCCUUCACUUUGUCUUAAGAAUACAAAGUUCUCUUCUCAUUCUUUGCAUUUACCCCCAUUACCAAGUCCCUCAGAGAGGACUUACUGCCAUUGGUCCCCUGGUUACUUACUUAAAUGUAUACAUGCUUUCUUAGCAGUCGGGUAAAACAAUCAUCAUCAUCGUCAUCUUUAUUCUGCAUUUCGUAUUUUGUCCUCUGUGAGAACAAAAUGCAUCUUUUAUGAAAUUCAGGUUUUUUUUCUUUUAAGACAGCACAAGUAUCGCCGCAGCACAAUGUAAUUCAUUGCCUUUCAUUUUAUCUGUCAUGAUAUUGAUAAUGGUUUUUCAAAAAAAUGUGCAAUAUGAUUUCAACAACUUGAUAAUCCAUUUCAGAUGUAAUCUGCUUCAAAACAAGGUAAACUUUCACCUUUAUGUUUCCUGCUGGUCUAUUUUGAUUUGCGUUGAUGAACACUGAAAGAAUACCAAAUUCAGCCCACAUUGUAUAAUACUUCAUGUCUCUGAUUUGUCAGUAUUAUACAGAGUUAGAAAACAGUAAUCAAUAUAUUGUUAUCAAAUCGACAUGGCUAAAUAAAUUUACCUUUAACUUUGUCAUUGUAGAAGGGACAUUAUAAUAAAAUAAAUGUGAAUCUUGGUGUCAUUCAAGGCCUGGUACAAACAUUAUUGUAGUAUUCAUAAAUUUGGAAUUUUUGUAAAAGUUUGAAUUUUGUUCUCAAAGAACAAAGUUAAAUUUAUGUAAUUUGACAUUGCAUUUUUAUUAGAUAAAAAUUAUUGUGUUAAAAUGAUUAAAUAAAAUAUAUAUAUAUAUAUA